CUGCAGCUAGGCCCCGUUGGAAAGCCUUGGGCCCUGAGGCAACCCAGAAAGCCUACGAGUAUCACCCAGGUUCAGGCACGUCCUGCUCACCACCACACCCACCUCCCAACACCCUCAUGAAGGCAGUACGAGUAAAAAGCCAACCAUACUCCGAACUUGCAGGAGUGUUCUGCCAAGAGGUAAUUAGUACUACAUUGCCUAUGGAGAAGUGGAGCUGUCUGGUGACAGGGGCAGGAGGAUUUCUGGGGCAGAGGAUCGUCCGCCUGCUGCUGGAGGAAGAAAAAGAGCUGGAGGAGAUCCGGGUCCUGGACAAAGUCUUCAGUCCUCAGUUGCUAUUAGAAUUUUCAGGUACUCAGCUCCUGUUGGAAGCCUGCAUCUCAGCUAAUGUGCCUAUCUUCCUCCACACCAGCUCUGUGGAAGUGGCCGGCCCCAACUCGUAUACGAAACCCAUCCAAAAUGGGCAUGAAGAUGACCUCCUUGAAAGCAAAUGGCACAAUGCAUAUCCCUAUAGCAAGAAACUGGCUGAGAAGGCUGUGUUGGAGGUUGAUGGACAGCUUCUCAAGAAUGGCACCAUAAUGCACACCUGCUCCUUGAGGCCCGUGUACAUAUAUGGGGAGAGGAGCUUUUUUCUCCGACAUGAAAUAAUCAAAGCCCUUAACAAAGAUAAGACCAUUGAAAGGAAUAGGGAGGGUUCCAUGGCCAGCCAAGUCUAUGUUGGAAAUGUGGCUUGGGCACACGUCCUGGCACUCAGAGCCCUGCGGGACUCUGAGAAGGCCCAAAGGGUUGGGGGUGAGUUCUAUUACAUCUGUGAUGAUACACCCCCCCAGAGCUAUUCUGAUUUUAACUAUGAAGUGAGCAAGGAAUGGGGCUUCAAACUUGGAUCAAAAAUAGGCAUUCCUCUAACAAUACUGUAUUGGGCAGCCUUCCUGUUGGAGAUGAUAAGUUUCGUGCUACGCCCUAUUUUCAUUUAUGAACCACCCUUCAAUCGGCAUCUGCUAACAUUGACCAACAGUGUUUUUACUUUAUCCUACAAGAAGGCCAAAGAGGAUUUGGGUUAUGAGCCUCGCUUCAGCUGGCUAGAAGCCAAGCAGAAAACCAGUCAGUGGAUAGGCACAGUGGUGGCACAGAACAGAGAGUGUCUGAAGACAAAGGCCCCCUGAUCUGGACAGGUAGGGGCAGAAGUUCAUGAAAUCACUGCUUUAGACCCUCCCCUUACUGGGGUAUAUCAUCCAGUACCUCCCCUGGCUAGCAAACUUCUGGCUCUGCCUCACAAACAUCCCUUUCUUCCUCCUCACCCAAUGAAGCCCCUAGAAGACAGGGUGAAAAAAAUGAAAUUAAAUACAAACUCAUUGAUUUAUUCCAUGGGUUGUUUUCCAAGCCACAAAUCUUUGCUCUGAUAAGGAUGUUAUAAAAUAGCAAGGUGUCCUUGACUUCCUGUUUCUUAUGUUUCUUUCCUACUCAUGGUAUAGCAAACUUUUGAAACCAUUUGUAUCUUAAGAUA